AUGUAUACAGGGGUUAUGCUUAUUUCAUUUCUGUUUUUCGAUAUGGCUGUCCUAAAGAGGAUGUUGACUAUUUUAUUACUUGGAGUUUUUCAUGGUUAUGAUAUAGGAAGAUGUAGUCCUAACUGUGUUGACCAGCUAUUCGAUUGGCGUGGAAGUUGUAUUCGAGGAUGCAAAGAAGGAUACUGGGGAUUUAAAUGCGAAAACGACUGUCCUUUGGGAUGUUCCACGAGAGUGUGCAAUAGAAUUAACGGAGUCUGCAAUUCUUGCAUAGAUGGUUUUUUUGGAGAUAAAUGUGAAGAGAUUUGUUCUCAAACUUGUUAUGGACAAAGGUGCAACAAAGACAGAGAUCUUUGUACAUCUAAAUGUGAGAAAAGACAUGAUGGCAUUCACUGCCAAACUCGUUGUGGCAAUUGCACCCCCUGGAUAUGUGAAAGACCAAACGGAUAUUGUGCGCUCUGUAAAACAGGAUUUUAUGGUCUAACGUGUGAAAGAAAAUGUAACAUCAAUUGCGUUAAUCAGGAAUGUACCAGAAUAAUUGGAGGGUGUCGGCAUGGUUGUAAGAAUGGGUUUUAUGGUUCACGCUGUAGUUUGUUAUGUAGCAAAAACUGUGGCCGAGUUAGCUGCUACAUGAAUGGAUUUUGUAUGGGCGGAUGUAAGCAGAACUGGACGGGAGAUAAAUGUGAUAGAUGUGAUUCCACUCAUUUCGGACCUGAUUGCUCCCAUUUGUGCAGCGCUAAUUGUAAUAGACAGGUAUGUAACAACGUCACUGGAUCCUGUACCUAUGGAUGUAAGAGCGGAUAUUAUUCAGAAAAUUGUGAAACGAAAUGCAGUGAGUCAUGUUCCUCGUCUUGUAACAGAUUUUCUGGGGAAUGUAAAGGUUCUUGCCAAGAUGGCAACUACGGAUAUUAUUGCAAUAACACCUGCAACAAAAACUGCAUAAAUCGAUGCAGUAGAAUCAAUGGUGUGUGUACCUUUGGAUGCAUUGACGGGAAAUUUGGAGCUUACUGUCUCCAGACCUGUGGUGGUGGGUGUAUUUCCGGUUGUCAUCAAGUCCACGGAAGAUGUUCUUGUAAAACAGGAUGGCAUGGUCAAAACUGUGACGAAUGUAGUCAGUCUUAUUACGGACAAGAACGUGACAAGCUAUGUAGUCCAACCUGUAUAAACGGAACCUGUUUUUCAAACAAUGGGUCGUGUAAGGAUGGUUUUAACAGAAUCUUUUUUGCUGAAAUAGAUACUUCAGCAACCAAUCAGGCGAUAGGGAGUGAUAAAACCUCUUUCAUUUAUCCAGUUCUGUACACUGGGAUUCCGAUACUCCUCAUAGUUACAACUUUCAUUGUGCUGUAUUUAAGACAAAUACUUUACAAAAGACAAGGCUCCAGGAUGAAGCAAAAUCAACAUAAUUCAAAUACAGACACAAACAGACGUAUUAAUGAGAGAACAGAAAACUUGAGCUACACAGAACUUGGACAAUUAAGUCAACCCUCUUGUUAUGAGGAACUCAAGUAA